GAAAAUGCGGAAGUUAGCGACAUCACUUGCCUGAGAGCCAACGAGAAGUGUCUGUUGUUGUUGAGUUUGUACUUUUUUUCAUCACAUAUGUGUGACGUAUGGUAGAGUGCUUUUUAGCUGAGAUAAACUCGUCAAAGUGGACGGCAAAACUCUUUUAAAUUAACCUUUUUAGUCCGCUUGCUCGCUAGCUACAGAGGUUAUCACGCGUUGCUAAGCAAAGAGCUAGUAGUGUGAUUGCGUGGAAAAUGUGUAAAGUCCAAAUGUUGAGAGCGUUGAUGGAGCAACGACUAAAUGCUGCUGUUGAGGAGAUAUUCGGACUAUUUGAAAGAACCAUAGCAGAGUACGAGGAAGAACUUUCUAGAACAAAAGAGGAAACGGAGCGACAACGCGAAAUACUGGACGCUGUUCUCAAACCUCAAGUUCGGUUACACAGAUCAGACACCCAGCAGGUGUUGGUGGGGAGUGAAGAACAGUUGCCCUGUGAGCAGCAGAAGUGGAGUGCCAAUUUGGGGCAGAAGGAGCCAGAGCCCUCCCACAUUAAAGAAGAAGAGGGGGAAUCAUGGGAGCAGCUACAGGGGCUGGAGGAGGUGGACAUCACCAAGUUGAUAUUUACUGGUGUCGAUAUGAAGAGUGAGGACGAUGAAGACAAAGUUCAGUCCUCACAGCUUCAACACUGUCAAAGAGAGGACAACAGAGGGGCAGACCCUGUGACUCAACACAUGACAACAGAUUCUUAUGGAGACGACAUGAUGUCACUCUCUUCUGAGACCGAUGUCAGCGGUGACGACAAAGGACCUCCAGUGAGUAAUAAAGACUCUAAAGGUGAUGUGAGACAUCACACAGACAACAAACACUUGUUUGACUGCUCUGAAUGUGGGAAAACAUUUGACCAAAGGGGAAAUUUGACAAUACACAUGAGAAUACACACUGGAGAGAAACCCUUUCCUUGCUCUGUUUGCGCUAAAAGAUUCUCCUUAAAGGCGAAUUUGAAAAGACACAUGCUCAUACACACGGGGGAGAGGCCCUUUUCCUGUUCAAUUUGUGCUAAAAGAUUCAGAGAUAACUAUGACAUGACGGUCCACAUGAGAAAACACACAGGAGCACAACAUUUGACCUCAAGACAUGACAUCUCAACUCAACACAUGAGAACAGAAAAUGAUGGAGAGCAAUGUGGAAGAUCACAUGCAGACAUCAGCUUUGCUCCACUGUCAUAUAUGAACAACAUGAUGUCACACUCUUCUGAGACCGAUCGCAGUGACGAUGCCAAAGAACCUUUACAGAGUAAUAAGGACUCUAAAGGUGAUACGAAACAUCAGACUAAUAGCAAACACUUUGACUGCCCAGAAUGUGGGAAAUUGUUCACCCAGAGGGGAAGUUUGACAGUACACAUGAGAAUACACACUGGCGAGAAACCCUUUACCUGUUCCGUUUGUAUGAAAAGUUUCUCUAGAAAGGAGAAUAUGAUGAUACACACGAGAUUGCACAUGGUAGAGGAAAAAUAUCCAUGCUCGCUUUGUCCCAAAAGAUUCACUUGUAAACGGUCUGUGGAGACACACAUGAGAACGCACACUGGCGAGAAGCCGUUCAGUUGCAACAUGUGCAAUAAAAGGUUUACUUAUAAGUUUCAGGUCACCAGACAUAAAUGUGUAACAGUAAUUAAGACAUUUUGACUUUUUAACAGCAUCCAAACAGUUUAAUUAGCAAGAAACUCAAACAGUGAUUGUGAUUACAGUAGAGCUGCAACAAUGAAUUGAUUAAUUGAUCCAAGUAAUCAACAACUAUUUUGGUAUCUAUUAAUCUUUUUUUAAAUUUAAAUAUGUAAAUAGCCUCUGAUUUCAGCCUCUCAAAUGUGAAUAUUUUUUCAUUUCCUUAGUCAUCCAUUAAAGCAGACCUAUUAUAUUUGUGCUUUAGCCAAAACAAGCUAGUCACACAUAUCAGCUUUGACUUUGGAAAACAGCAUUUUUGCCUCUUUUCUGAUAUGUUGCGGACUCAACCACUAUUGGUCCAUCUAUGGAAUAACUGAUUACUCCAUUAAUUGAAACAACAAGCUUCAGAUUAAUUAACUUAGAAAAUGAUCAUGAUUGUAUUUUUGUGUACAUUUCUUGUUUUACUGAAGCUAUUUGACAAACUUGUACAUUUGGAUUAUUUAACACUAUUUUAACAGAAUAUUCCUGCAGCAACCUGGCAUUUGUGCACUUCUUUGCAUAGGCGGAAAUUAAAAAUGGCUUUUUUAAAUCCGAUGAAUUGAAAAAGCAAUAAAUUGUUUAUUAAAAUAAUCAUUAGUUGCAGUCCUAGAUUACAGCAUAUAAACUUUAUGUGGUGCUUGUCAUCUUCUGGUGUGUAGUUUUUUUUGGGUUCUAAAGUUGUGCACAUUUGCAAAACAUUCAGUAAAUAUUUCAUGCGUGGACUGCAUUUGUGCAAAUGACUAAUGCUGUAAUCCAUCAAUAAUAUAAAAUGUUUAUAGACACAUUACUGUUACUGGAUUUCAUUUUGUAUGAUAAUGAAAUAAAAUCAUAGAGACUUUUUUUGUGUGGAAAUGCUGUUGUCACAAUCGUCUCUCUGGUUAAAAGAGACGGAAUUCCCGUCACUAUGACAGGAGACCGGUCGCGAGCAGCGUUGUGACGUCAUAGAUAUUAGCGUCCCCAAAAAAGAAAACGAAGAACAAUGCGGUUUAAAAACUAUGGCUGGCCGGCGGGCCUCCUCGCAUGGUUAGCUACAGUAAACCGCCCCCUAGUGGUGGUCUAUGCAGUGGC